AUGCCUCGGACACGCCAAUGGACCCGCGACCAUCCCCAGCCCGCUGAAUCCCACGACGACAAGAAAGGAGUGGAAUGUCGUACCUCGAAGCGUCUGCGGGAAUCUUCACCUUCGCAGGACAACUCCAACGCCAGUCCUCCUACCGCUUCAACGAUGGAGUCAAGCUCGAAGAUUCCGGAGCCGCAUUCAGAUGAAACCCUCCCCCAACACUCCAAGAAGAAGAAGUCUGGAUCCACCGAACAACUGUUGCCGACCGUCGAACCCUUCGUUGAUUCACCGCAGUUGAAUCUAGACAUGCCCUCAGUCGACCCAGAAGAGAAACCAACAGUCGACCAAAUCUCCGAACAGGUUAGAGUCGAAAUGUUAGAUAACCUACGGAUCCAUGAUAGGGUCUACACCGGUCACUACUGGCCUGAAAUAAACGCUGGGAUCCGGGCUUUUGCGCACAGUCACUUCGAGGACCUUCGGUGGGACCAACUGGAUGAAUGCACCAAAGAGAAAUUCACCACAUGGACUCCAAAUGCUCGUAAGGUCUUCGAAAUGACGGGAGGCUCGACUCGUUUCUUUACCUCCUGGAUUUGGCGCAUCUUAGCCAAUUCGAUAUUCAAUCAGAAGUCUGAUAAGAUCAAAUGGGUAUCACCUUACUUCAAGGCUCAAAAUGAUAUGCUGAACCACCUGCAAGAGCUGACGCCAAACGUGGCAUCGACCCUCUCAUUUCAAUGGAACCGUUGGAGAAUGGAAACGGUGCAUUUGUUCGAGUCCGCAAGCACACCAUUACCUUUCAAGGAAUGUAUCUUGUACCGCAUCGACCAGAGUUGUAUUCGUACAAUUAUCGCUGAUGGACUUGGUUCAUACUUCCCUCGCGAGUUGGAAGAGUCCCAUUUAAUGAAUUUAGGGUACGCAGUUGUUCAGAUGGAGAUAAUCUUCGCUAGAAGUCUGGUUGAUCUGCAACUUAUUUUUCAUCACCCCACCUUGGGUGAGGUCUCUGGGUUCGAUUUCCAACCAGAAAUCGACGGCUUUGAUGGCCAUGCUAUGUCCAAUGUGGAUUAUUUUUCCACGCGUGGGCAAAGUCCUAAGGGGAGAGCCCGGGAGCUUGCUGUGCAGUAUGAAAAGGGUCAACCUGGUCGCCCUGUCGACUUUGUCGUGGCCCCCAUGCUGUUGGGCCGCCAUUUGAGGGCAUUGUAUCAGGACCAGAUCAUCUACGAACCGAUGGCAGUCUGCGUGGGUUGGGUGGCCGACUUUGAUGCGGAGGAGAAGGAGAAGGACGAUGGGAAGAAGAAAGAGGAAGAGAAGAGUGAGGAGGGAGAGGGGGAGGAGGAGGAGGAGGAGGAGGAGGAGGAGGAGGAGGAGAAGGCAUAG